AUGGCUUCUCUUAAUGAAGAAAAUUCGUAUCCAUUUCAUCAUAGUAGUCGGCUAGCAAUUGUAUUGAGUAUUAUUGAUGAUAAAUGCACUGAAAAGUAUGUUGACACACAAUUAGGAUUUCGAACCCAUAAAACGCAUACACCAUCAUACAAAUUAGAACUAUCCCGUAUUGAACAAAGAAUAGUAAAAUUUCAUGAAGUUUUAUACGCAAGAACAGUCAAUGAAAAUUCUUGGUUUAGAUAUGAAGCAUGCAAUCGUUUCAACAAUGAAAUAGGUUUUGGUGCUAAAAUUGUAGCAAACAUUCAAAUAAAAAAAAAUAAAACCAUUACAGGUUUAGGAGGACAGUCAUUUUAUAUUUGUAAUGAGGAUCUGAAAGUUGGGGUCAACGAUUUUUCAGUCUUCACAAGAAGCAGAUCUCAAAAACAACAUCUGUAUCUCGGACCAGCAGCCUAUGUAAACCAUGACUGCGAAUCAAAUGCGGUAUUUUCACCAAUUGGUGAACCAUCGUACAUUGAAAUUGCAUCGUUGAAGGUAAUAUUACCUGGUGAAGAAAUUACUGUGUUUUACGGUCAUGAUUUUUUCGGAAAGUCAAAUGAACGAUGCGCCUGUCUCACUUGUGAAAACAAGCAAAGAGGAAUUUUCAAAAACAAAGUAGAAACUAUGGCAAUGGACGACCACCCGCCUCAGGCAACAGUCGACGACCUGCCAGAGACAGCUGUCAACAACGUUCCUGCAUCUCCUCAAACUGAAUCAGAAGAGUCUAAUAAUUCCGACACAGAAAUUUAUUCCUCUGAUGAGGUAGAAAAUUCUGGUGAUGAAGGAUCUAUUCAAUCCACAGAUAGUGUCGACUCUCCUUAUAAAUAUAAAUGUGUCAAAUGUGAUUUACCUUUUAAAUUUAACUGCUGGUUUAAGAGGCAUAUGGCUUCCCACAGCCCUGGAACAUUUGCCUGCCAAUAUUGUCCUAAAUUAUUCAAAAGGAAGGACACUAUGCGAGAGCACCAAAACCUACAUAUAGGUGUUUUAAAACAUAAGUGCAAGCAUUGUAGCAAAGAAUUUAAUGACAAAAGAAAUAUGAAUAAGCAUGUUAAAUUAAUACAUGAAGGUUGUUUGGUUCAAUGUGAAAAAUGUAAAAAAAUGUAUUCAGGAGAAAGGCAACUGCGUUAUCACGACAACCGACUACAUUCACUCAAAAAACCAUAUAAGUGCGACAAAUGCAAUGAGGCAUUUCCUGUGCCUUGCUUGCUUGCGGCUCAUCGAGUGAAAAUGGAUCACAGAGUUGAACAAUGA